CUUGUAUCAGCAGGACUUUGUUUGAUAUUACACUUCCGCUGACUGAAGCACAAUUUUAUGCUUACAGACGCACGCAAAAAAAAACUCGCUACAGGCUGAGCUGUGGUGACGAUCUGAACCAGUUUAGCCAUGAAACUACAAGUGCAUCUCUCAAUACUUCUUGUUACCAUAAUCUCAUGUUUUUGGGUGGAUGGUGCAAAUGUGCCUUCCUGUGCCAGCAUGAGAUCAUGGUUUCCUGGGAAUAGUCCAUCAACCCUAGCUGAUAAUUUGCCAUACCAGCUAAGUGUCAGUAGUUAUACUAGAGGAGGUUACUACUCAAGAAGUUUACACACAAUUUACCUUAAUGGCUCCAUGGGUGGAGAUAAUAAAACGAGGAGUUUUGUUGGAUUUAUUGUUUAUGCUGAGAACUCUGUGAAAGAAUACCCUAAUGGACAAUUUGUUAAGAAUAAUUUAUCCUCAGGAGUUGAAGAAAAUAGCUGUGGAAAUCUCUCAAUUAUUCAAAACUCUACAACAUCUGGAAACUGGACUAGUAUCAAAUUAGUAUGGGAGGCACCUAAAGAUGGCUAUUUAGCUGGAAACAUAACUUUCAGAGCAAGUGUCUUGGAAAAGACAGAUCCUCUCACUUACUAUGAAGGAUUUACUGCACAUCUGAAGUAUGCAUGCCCAGUAUACAAGUGUGCUUCUUGCCCUGGUGGCUUCUACAUAACUGACAGUUAUGGAUGCCUGACUGAAGUGUUUUUAAUUAAUGUUGCAGGCAAUUGUGAGUUUGUCUGUACUGAUAUAUAUGCUCCAGUGUGUGGAACUGAUGGUAAAACCUAUGGCAACAAGUGUGAAAUGGAGCGUCAUGCUUGUAAACAAAUCAUAUCGAGUAAAAAACGUCUGCAAGUGGAUUACAAUGGUGAAUGUGGUGGUGUAGAAACAGUGAGAUUCACAUGGUUUUCUCUGGUGUUUUCUCCUCUGGCAUUCCUAUUGUUUUGGAGUAUGGAGUAGAAAAAGAAUUAUUUUAUUCUUUGAGAGACGGUUGGAACUAUGAAGAAAUUUGGUGCAAAUAUCUUGUUAUACUUUAUGAUUAAAAUUUUCUGACAAUUGCUUGUUUUUUUUUAUUACAUUUUGUUAGUUAUCACCUAAUUUUUUCGUGAGAAGCAAAAGCAGUGAUAGUGCCUUUCCACACUUUGACCAAGCUUUAAAACCUAGACCUUAUAGACCUUUUUUUCAGAACCGUUUUCUCGUGAAAGUGAAUUAUUUAUCUUGAACACCUCCACAUUUAAAGAUAUAACACUUGUACUCCACUGGAAAGAAUUGACACUUGCGGUUCAAAUUCCCCAUCCCCAGUCAAGAAGGGUUCAAACUCCCCACCAGCCACGGAUGAACGAUGGUCAAAUGUCCAUGGAUUGCACAGGGGGAGGUGGAGGGGAUGUGGAAGCUUCGAACUGAUUGGCAUAUAAUUUUGACUUAGUUUAUUAGGAAAACCAGUAAGCCUCAUUAAUUUGGACAGUUAGUUACCUAAUUAGCAAUUUAAUUAAUUAUUAAAUGUAAUUAGCUUGAGAUAAUAGUACUAACUCUCUUCUACUCUGUGUACUUGAGAUGAAAUAAAGUUUUGUUCAUCAUGA